UCAAUUCAAUUCCUUUACAAAUUGCAAAUGACCCCCGGUACAUGCCAUUUUUUAAGGAUUGCAUUGGAGCUAUUGAUGGAACACACGUCGAUGCACGAUUAAAUAGUGAAGAAAGAGUUGCGUACAUAGGCCGAUGCGGCGCCCCAACACAAAAUGUUAUGGCCGUAUGUGAUUUUAAUAUGUGCUUUACCUUUGUCAUGGCUGGAUGGGAAGGAAGCGCUCACGAUAGUCGUGUUUUCAAGUUCGCUACCAGAAACUUGAGACAUGGAUUUCCAUACCCACCUACGGGUAAAUACUAUUUGGUUGAUGCUGCAUAUCCGUUACAAAGGGGAUAUCUGAAGCCCUAUCCAGAUACGAAGUACCACAUUCCUGAUUUUGAAAGAUCUAGUGGUGUCACAUGAGGCAAAAAAGAAGUUUUUAACAAAAGACACUCUUCAUUGCGUGGGGUAAUUGAAAGAGCGUUCGGAGUGUGGAAGAAGAAGUGGGUCAUAUUACGGGAUAUGCCGUCCUACCCUUUUCCAAAACAAGUACAAAUAGUUGUUGGUACCAUGGCGCUACACAAUUUCAUCCGACGCCACCCUUCCAGAUCGGAUGCGGAGUUUGCCAUUUUAGAAGAUGAUUCAGUGGAAAUCCCACAUGAAGCUUUUGAAUAUCACUUGGGACGUCCGAUGCCUGAAGAGUUUGCUUCAGAAGAUGCAUGCACUCGAGAGGGUGAAGGUGCAUCAGAGAUGACAAGUUUACGAGAACAAAUAGCAGAUGAUAUCCUCCUGUCAUGAUAAUUUUUUUUCCUAUCAUGUUGAAUUAGCUUAAUAGACAUGUACCAGUUACUGC